GGAGCAACAGUGUCGUCGACACAAACAGAUACGAUGGAAGCCGAUGAGCGACCGAUGAAAUUGAGAAAGCUCGAUCAUGACCAGGACGGUCUACUUAAUGAAGUGCCCUCUGCUGCGCAGUCCUCAUCUGGUGCUGCUUCCUCCAUCGCUGGUUCCCUGACCGUACCAUCACACAACAGUAAGCCAGAUGAGCAUACUGCUAAUGUUGCAGAUUCGUCGACACAGCAUGAAGUCGAGGACGUAGCUCGACAAGAUGAUGCCCCGAACCAAAACCCUAAGCCCUCCAGUAUGGAGUCUACGCCGCAAGAACAGGAGGAAAAGGAAAACGAUGAAUCUACCACAAAACCCAUGUCGAAAAAUCAAAUGAAGAAGCUGCGCAAACGGGAGGAAUGGGAAGCGGCUCGGGGCGAUCGUAAGCUGAAGAGAAAGGAAAAACUACAAGCCAAAAAGGCGAGGAAGAAGGCCGCCCGGGAAGAGGAAGAGUUGCGUCUUGAAGAGGCAAAGAAAUCUGCCAUCGAGCGAGGCGAAGAUCCGGACAGUGUGGUCGCACAACUCAAAAAGACGCAGCAGACACAACCACGAUCACACAAGUCUCGACGUCCGGUCCAGCUUCCCGUGACCAUCAUCGUAGACUGUGGCUUUGACGACUUGAUGAUGGAAAAGGAGCGCAUCUCGCUGGGCUCGCAGAUCACUCGCUCCUACUCGGACAACUAUCGGGCGCCCUUCCAGGCACAUUUGGUCAUCAGUUCUUGGGGAGGAUGGCUAAAACAACGAUUCGACACCGUCCUCAGCAAGCACUACCUCAACUGGAAGAAUGUUGUUUUUGAAGAAGGCGAUUUUGUAACCGCGGCCAAAAACGCCGCCGAAGUCAUGCGUGGGCCCGGAGGUGGAAAGUUGGCGGGCCAUUUUGGAAAAAACGCGGCAGCAGCUAAAAGUCAUGUGGCUGAAAUGACAGCAGAUGAACAGCCUGUCGAAAGUGGCGAUGGUGCUCCUCCAAAGAGAGAGUCUGGUGCUGGUGCGGGCACAGGAUCUGUUGCGGAAACAGAAAGUUCUAGGGAUGCACCAAGUUCUGAUGGGCCUGCUGAUAACCAUCUGCCCAAGGAGGGCGAGGUGGUUUACCUCACUUCUGACUCUCCCGACACGCUGUCGGAACUGUCCCCUUACUCCACCUACAUUGUAGGCGGUCUCGUCGACAAGAACCGCCACAAGGGCAUCUGUUACAAGAUCGCCAAGGAAAAAGGCAUCAGGACCGCGAAACUCCCCAUUGGACAAUAUCUGGACAUGCAGUCUCGCAAGGUCCUAGCUACCAACCAUGUCGUGGAAAUCAUGGUUCGCUGGCUCGAGUGUGGUGACUGGGGAGAGGCCUUUAUGAAGGUCAUUCCCAAGCGGAAAGGUGGUAAGCUGAGAGGGGAGAGUGAACAACAAAGCAGCGCAGACGACGAUGACGAUGAAGACGACGAUGAUGAUGAACAUAAAAGCGCCGAGAACAAUCGCAGCGACGACGAAGGCCGCUGAGAGCCUACUAUUUCUUGACACGUAGCAGACAUAUAUAUCAUGACAACA